UUAUCAUAUAAAGUCACGUGAUAAGUCGUGUAAUGACUUUCCUGGUCGCCCUUUUAUUAACAACAAUGAAACACUCGUAAUUAUCAGGGAAUCAUUUUCGAAUGUAUUAUGGCGACUUCAUCUUUAAGUUGCGGUGUUUGUGAUUUACGCCAUAUAUCUAAACCUUCUGCGGUUUGGUGUAGUGAAUGCGAUGAAGGACUUUGUGAAGGCUGUCAGGAGCAUCACAGUUUAUCGAAAUCAUCCCGAAGUCAUACUGUCAUACCAAUUUCUGAAUAUGAACAAUUACCCAAGGAUAUAGUUCAAAUAUCUCAGUUUUGUGACAAACACAAUGAAAAAUACAUCAUUUACUGCAAGAAGCAUGAAUGCCCUUGUUGCAGUAGCUGCAUUGUACAAAGUCACAACAAAUGUGAUGAAAUCGUCAAACUAGUUGACAUAAUACAUAACGCCAAGACGUCAAACGCCUUCUACGAAAUCGAGCAGACAUUGGUAGAAGUAAUCGAAAAUAUUGGGAAAAUCAAAGAAGACCGACAAAAGAACCUGGAGACAUUAUCUGAGACUCGGAAACAGAUCGAGAAGGAAAUCCAAGAGACCCGAACAGCAAUCAAUAAUCAUAUCGACAAAAUACAAGCAGAUAUAAUAAAGGAACUAUAUGCAUUGGAAGACAAGGAGAGUAAAAAUUUACGUCAAAUGCUUAAUUCUAUAGAUGUAAAACAACAAGAGAUUGUGAUAUUACAAGGGUGUAUUUCAGAUAUAAAAAAGCAUGCGUCAGAUCUUCAGACAUUUUUGUCUAUGAAACGAAUUGAAAAGGAGGUUUUUGGCAAAUAUGAAUACAUCAGGUCAAUAUCCAGUAGCGAGAACUUGAAAAAGAUCGUUCUGUCACUUAAAUUCAACACCAAAAUUACAAAUCUCAUUGCCGAUAUUCCAAAUUUCGGAAAGGUAAUAGUUGAAAGUGAACCGUCAAAUAUUGAGCUUACUACGAGCAAGCAAAAACAAGCUCAAAUGAUGGUUGCAAAAGUACAAUCAACAUCGUUUGAACAUAUCAAUUUAAAGUUACAACAGACCAUUGACACACACAAAUACAAACAUAUUUCUGGUACAUGUCUGCUACCUGAUGGAAGGAUGGUAUUUUCAAGCAGUAUUGUUAAUGAUAAGAAAGGUACAAUAACCGUUCUGAACGCCAAUGAAUCACUGAGUUUUGAAGUAGAAUUACCAACAUCAUCCUUUGAUGUAACAUACAUAAGGGGAGACAAUACUUUGGCUGUAUCAUCUGGUGCUUCUUAUACCAAGUGUAUUCAUAUUAUCGACAUGCAAAACCAAAGAGUAAAGAAAAUUAUUUCUUUAACGGGAUAUGUAUAUGGGAUAACAUACAAUGGAACUGAAUUAAUUUAUUCUGGGCGGUUUCAUGGAAUUCGAAUGAUCAAUCCAAAUGACGAGUCAAUAAGCAAUAUUGUUAGAGGUAAAACACAGUCUGAAUGCUAUGUUACAACAUUUGGCGACAAACUUUAUCAUACAGAUCCGGACGAUAACACAGUUACAUGUUAUGAUCAACAAGGUAAAAUACAAUGGACAUUCGAAAAUAAAUGCGUUUUACAGACACCCGCAGGCAUCUCAGUGGAUAAUAGUGGAUAUAUCUAUGUAGUAGGACGUAGAUCAAACAAUCUUAUUAUGAUAUCUCCUGAUGGAAAACAACAUCGAGAACUGUUAUCUGCAAAGGAAGGGCUCUCCAUACCAUUGGCAACUCAUUUGAGUAAGGAAAGAAACAUGCUGAUUGUUGUGAAUAAAAGGAGAGAAGCAUUCCUAUAUUCUCUGACCUAACACAUUAUUGCGCUAGAAUUACGUGAAUGUAGUAGUGAACAUACAAAAGGAAAAGCGUUCUUAUAUUCUGUAAACUGACAAAUCUUUUUGUUUUGAUUUAGUGACUGUAGAAGAUCUAAUUAAUAACAUGUUAAGUAUACUAGUAAUUAAUAAAUGAGGUGCUUCAGAUAAAAAUCGCCGAUUUACAUAUGCAAACUAAUAUCAAUACAUCUGUUAAUCUAUUUUUGGUUGAAAAAAAAAUCGUUGCAAAGUCUGUUACUGUAACUGUUUGAAAACUGCGUACACAUAAGAACCCUACAAAUCAGACCAAAAUUCAUCUGUUAUUAUCGUAUCUUAUUGUUCUCAAAAUCAAUCAAAUUCUUAUCUAUGUAUACAUGUACUUACAUUUCUCGUAAUCCAUCCAACGCAGCUCAAUAAAAUGUGUCCCUCGUGUCGUGCAUGAAGUAUCAUAUGAAUGUAAGCGCGAAAUGAUGUUCAAUAUUUUUAUUAGAAAUGCAACCAGUUGCUCGUAGCUGGUUUGAUAUUCAACUUUUCACUGUCAAAUAUUCUUAAAAUCAGACGAUGUUAUUGGAUCAUUAUGAUAUUCAUAUCUGAAA